AUGGGAUUUCGACGCCUGACCCCAGGCUACUUCCGAGUGCUACAGAUGCAGGUGACCGGGGAACUGAAGGCAGAGCCGCGGAGCCGGCUGGCAGGGGUUGCAGCCACGCUGCUGGCUGUUCUCGGGCUGGGCGGCUCCUGCUAUGCUGUCUGGAAGAUGGUGGGGCAGCGAACACCACCACAGGCUCCAUGAUGAAACAGUCAAGUCUCUCACUGCA